UAUUUCAUCAAUAGUAUUUUUAUUUAAUUUUGAUUACAUUAAAACAAAUUUCAAGUCAAUCACAGGUGAAACAAAAUAUACUAACUACAAAAUAUAUCUAAAGAGCCAACUUGUGGACUUUAAGUAUAAACUAGUCAUCAUAAGUUGAAUUAUAUGAAAGCAUAAAAUCUUCUUCAUGAACACCAAGGUAUUACAUUUAAGUGGGAUAAGGCGUUUAAAAUUACAUCUCAAAAGAUGUUUCUAUACAAGUCUCAACACAGAUGGAAAAUACUUGCCCAGACUUGUAGACGCUAAGGGCGCAGUACAGUGCAGCUCCCAGUGUAUAGCGUUAAGUAAAAUAAAAUUUUCAUUUGAUGCAGCUUUCAACACACCAACAGUUGUUUUUGCAAAGCGUCAGCUGAAAACUAUGAAAUUGGAAUCGCUUGAGUCUCUCCCUAUUUUCACACCAGAACUUGAGUGUCUGUUUAAACUGUUUGAAAAAUAUGGCUAUGAGUUACGUAUUGCGGGUGGAGCCGUGCGAGACAUCCUUAUUUGUAACGAUACUGUACCCACGGACAUGGACUUUGCCACUACUGCAACACCUUGUCAGAUGAAAGAAAUGUUUACCAAAGAGCAAGUUCGAAUGCUGAACAAGAAUGGUGAAGCUCAUGGAACUAUAACAGCAAGAAUAAAUGAUAAAGUGAACUAUGAGAUAACGACUUUAAGAAUAGAUGUAGUCACAGAUGGAAGGAGAGCAAAAGUUGAAUACACUAAGGAUUGGGAACUCGAUGCAAAUAGACGAGAUCUGACAGUUAACUCCAUGUUUUUGGGUUAUGAUGGAACAGUUUAUGAUUAUUUCAAUGGGUUAGAUGAUUUGAAAAACAAGCGUAUUCGUUUUGUUGGAAGUCCUGAGCAAAGAAUUAGAGAAGACUACCUUCGGAUACUUCGUUAUUUCCGGUUUUAUGGUCGGCUUGCUCCAGAUCCUGACAAUCAUGAGCAGGUUACUCUGGAUGCUAUAAGAGAGAAUGCAGCAGGCUUAGCAAAUAUUUCUGGUGAAAGAAUAUGGGUUGAAAUCAGAAAAAUACUUUGUGGUAGAAUGACAGCACACAUUUUAAAAUUAAUGAUUGAACUGGGCAUUGGUCAAUAUAUUGGUUUGCAGAAAGCGUCAAAUUUUAGAGAGUUGUAUUUGGUAUGUGAGAGGACUGAAGACGUUUCAUAUCAUCACAUGACCAGGAUGACAGCGUUGUUAGAUGACGAAGCUGACGUAUAUAAGUUGCAUGAAAGAAAUAAAUUAUCCAAUGAGGAACUUGCAAUGGCUUUAUUUAUUGUUAAACACCGUGGAGACAAGAUGGAAGACGACCUGCAGAGCUACUGCAUAGAUUUGCACACAGAUUCCAGUGGUGGAGAUACCAAAGUCACCAACAAAAUAGUUGAAUUAAUGAAAUAUUGUGGUCAUCACAAAAUGGCUGAAGAAUUUCCUAGUGUCAAAUUGCCACAGUUGCCGGUGUCCGGACAUGACUUGACACAAAAUAAUGUUCCUCGUGGGCCAAAGUUUGCUUCCACACUUAAUGAGCUGAGAAAGAUUUGGAAAGACAGCAGGUACACACUUAGCAAGGAGGAGCUCAUCGAGAAGAUACCUCAGGUGCUGGAAAAUCUGCCUGAAAACUUUAAGAAAAAAAAGAAAAACUGAAUUAACUCAUUUCUUUUUGUUUCAUUAAAAACUUUUGAUACAAAACUUAAAAGUGUUUGCCUGCUUUUAUUAGACCACAUGGCACAGUGAAUGUUGUCUCAUACAUUCAAUCACCAAGGGCUGACAAUGUUAGUGGGGUGUUAGCCUCAUUUGGCUAUGGCUGUAGGUCAAGGUGUUAGCCUCAUUUAUCUAUGGCUGUAGGUCGCUUAAGUUUCUCAAACUGAUGAAUUAGGAAGUGCUUGAAGCUAGUCUAUUUGGAGCU